AUGCCCCGAUACGUACCAGCGAGCACCGUUCGCGGGACGAUGGUGCCUGAGAUGGCAAGCCAAAAUCUGCUUCCAGAGCUGGUACGUGACGCGAAGCUGCAAGCAACCAUUGAGAAUAAGCGCACAACCCACACACGACGAUCUGGGCACCGGGCAAUAUCCUCUGAAUCAUGGGAGUUUGAAAAAAUCCUCGGACAUGGCGGGAAUGGUAUAGUCUUGCUGGAGCGGAAGGUGAAGGAUGAUGACGGCCCGGCGGAGCUGCGCGCCGUCAAAGGCAUCCAGAUCUCACAUGGCCAGUCAAAAUCAGCAAGCAUGAAAUACAUACGCGAGCUCGAAGCCUUCGCAAAGUUCUCUCAGAAAAGAUAUGCCGAUUCCUUUGUCAAGCUCUACGGUUGGUACGAGAGCCCCGAAUGGCUACAUAUCGCCAUGGAGUAUUGCGAGCACGGAGACUUGGAUAAGUACAUGUCCCAUGUAAAGACGCUUCCCGAAGACCAGGUGCGCGGUAUUACUUGGCAAAUACUGGAGGCUCUUACCUUUAUGCACGAGGAAGACUUCGCCCACCGGGAUCUCAAGCCGGCAAACAUCCUAAUCAUGCGCAAGCCGCCUGAGAAAUGGUGGAUUAAGCUCUGCGACUUCGGGCUCUGCAAACGAAGUGAAUACAUCAUGGGGUUGACCACGGUACAAGGCACUCCGGCCUUCAUGGCCCCAGAGAUGAUCGGAUAUCCUUUCCGCGGCGAUCCGAAGACAUCAAAUCCUUUCUAUUCUGACAUGUGGAGCUUGGGCGAAACUAUUCACUUGAUCCUCACCGGCCAUUUCACCUUCAAGGAGCCCAGUAACCUUCGACUUUUUCAGUUAGGCACUAUCCCGUUUCCCAAAGACGAGCUGCAGCGAGCCGAUAUUAGCGAAGAGGCAAUUGACUUCAUUCGUCUUCUCAUGCUACCUACUCCUUGGCAGCGGCUCAACACCGAGAAGGCCUGGGAACAUCCAUGGAUGGAGAUGGAGGCGAAACCCGCCGGCAAGGUAGCUGCCCUAGGACAACCACGGAACCCCCCCGACGAAUUAAAUCCUUGGACUGCCAUGAUCCAGUCGCCAAAGCAUUCGAAUCUUACUUCACCAUCCGGGCGAUGGACCACUCAGCCCAGUCCGGGAGGAGCACCAAGCCUGGAUAAUCCUACACAAAGAGUCGGUACUUCUGGGUCUGAAGGUGCCCAGAUGAGCGUCUACGCUCUGGCUGAGAAUCUCCAUUCUCCCACGGCCAAUUUUAUGCCUCCUCCAUCUUCCCCGAACCAGCUCAGUUUUGCAGCCAACAUCUUCACUACAAAUGCCACUACGACUAGCCAAGGCCCAGCCCCUGCUCCCGCUUCAGCUACUCGCAUGGACACCGCUGUUGAUGAAUGGGGUGAUGAGAAUAUCCAUCCUCUAUCCUUUGACAUUCUUGAGACGCCACAUGCCGAUGAUAUGAUCAAUACAUCCAUCAACCGCAGUGUAGCUCCUUAUAUCAAUCCGGCCGUGUCUCCUCGCACAAAUCCUCACCCCACCGGCCCCCAGUCCAGCACUACUUCUUUCACAAGCAGCACUAACCCCGAGACGGCCGGUGCUACGCAGCAGGCCAGGGUGAAGUCGAUACUUUCCAAGACCGGCUUCGAUAUUCUCAAGUGUCUUUGGCUUGUUGCAACGCGAAAAAAUUCCAAAAUUCAACUUGGUGCGGUUGACUUGUCAUGUGCCAUCACAGUUUGCGAUGUUACAAUGAACGACUGCCCGGUUGUCUACGUCUCGGACAAUUUUCAGAAUCUUACUGGGUAUAGCCGCCAUGAGAUCCUUGGACGAAACUGUCGCUUCCUCCAAGCACCCGACGGCAAGGUGGAGGCGGGCGCUAGGAGAGAGUUCGUUGACGAUGGCGCGGUGUUUAACCUCAAGAAGAUGAUCCACGAACGCCAGGAAGUUCAACAAAGUCUAAUCAAUUAUCGAAAGGGCGGCAAACCGUUUCUUAACUUACUAUCAGUGAUACCUAUUGCCUGGGAUACAGAGGACAUUCGAUAUUUCAUCGGUUUCCAAAUUGACCUUGUUGAGUGCCCGGAUGCGAUUGCCUCUGGGCAAGGGCUUGGGGGAGUUCAAACUCCUCCCCAGCCACCUCCGGGACAGUGGGGGCUCGAAAGCGGUCAUACUCUUACUAUGGACGAUGUAUCGUCUCUACUACGUCAGUUCAAUCGUUAUGACCUUGCGUCUGGUUGGUUUCAGCAAUCUUGGGAUUCGAUGCUAGUUGAGAACACCGAUGAUGUUAUCUGCGCUAUUUCUCGUAAAGGCUUGUUUCUUUACGUAUCGCCUGCUUGUAAGCGGGUGCUUGAGUAUGAUGCUGCUGAGCUUGUCGGAACCUAUAUCUCCACUAUCUGUCAUCCAUACGACAUUGACUCCGUCAUCGACGAACUAAAAACUACUACCCUGCAGAAUCAUUCAAACAUGAUCUACAGGAUCCGAAGAAGAUACAGUGGCUAUACAUGGUUCGAGAGUUAUGGGUCGCUCUUUGUUGACCGAGACAGUCAGCAAGAGUGCAUCAUCUUAGUUGGCCGUACGCGCCCUGUAUAUUCACUUAGUCGCCGGAACCUAGACGCCAAUGGUGGUAUUAGUGACGGCGAGCUAUGGGCCAAAAUCUCGACUUCAGGCAUGUUUCUUUUUGUUUCGUCGAAUAUCAGAUCGCUUCUCGACCUACAGCCCGAGGCAUUGAUUUGCACAAGCAUCCAAGAUCUCAUGCGUAAGGAGUCGCGGGCCGAAUUUGGGCGUUUGAUAGAGAAAACUCGGCAUGGCAGAACUAUCACCUUCAAGCACGAAGUUCAAAAUCGGCUUGGCCAAUUUCUACAGGCACAGGCCACGCUCUAUCCCGGCGAUGUCUGCGAGGGUAAUAAGCCAUCGUUCUUACUAGCUCAAAUCAAGCUCCUUGGGGUAUCAACUCGGAGUGUUACCUCGACAAGUCCCGCAGCCAGGGUCGGGUCCUUCCCCGCGACUUCAAUGUCUGACCCUAAAGAUGACAUAUUUGAAGAGCUAGGGACCACUAGGAGCUCCAGCUGGCAGUCUGAGCUGGAUCAAAUCAAAAAGGCCAAUCUUCUCCUAACCAUAGAACUGAACGAAUUGCUCUUCAAGUAG